GCUAAAAUUUAUAAUCAAUAUUGUUAUGCAUAUAAUGUUAUAAUUAGGGACGGGAAUCGUAUCCGAAAUCGGUAUCCGGAUAACCGUAUCGUCUAUCCGAAUAUAUCCGGAUAUCCGUAUUCUUUUCACAGUCGUGGUCAUGUGAUUUAGGCACACAUGACACAAUGAGUCGCAUCCUAGAUCAGCCAGCCCGGAAGAUGUUCCUCACCCAUCUGACACACUGCAGGCACUGCGCAGGCUCGACUGGAAACAGUGGUGCCUCGCCUGAGAGUCCAAGCCAAACGUGGUCUGCGGAAUAUGAGGGCAAAACAAUAGAGUUCUCCAUGGUCACUACUCAAGGUGUAAUCAUUGAGACAAAGGACUCAUUUGACAGCAUAUUGAUAGACGAUGGAACAGCUAUUGCUCUUGUUAAAGGAUGUCACAAAAUAGCACAGCAGACACAAACUGUCCAGGCCAGCAAAGCCGUCACUGCUCACGAGUAG